GGAGCGGAGGGGGGCGAGGGGGCGGGGCCAGGAGAGACGCGGGCGGUUGUAGAGCCGAGGGCCUGCAGGGGGCGCAGGAUGACGCGGCUCCUCCUUUUAAUCCGGCUGUGGUUUGGGUUGCUGUUGAUUCGAUUCUCUCAGGUGUUGAACCAAGAGCUCAGCACAGCCAGGAGGCUGUGCGGCACCAACCUGAUGAAAGAAAUAGUAAAACUCUGCGGCAUUACUGACUGGAACCAGUUCCAGUUUGAGGGAGAAACCCCUUUGGCACAGUUGGCUCCCCACGCCACUACGAAGGUUGGAGCCCUGGACCCCGACCAGUUGAGGAGACAGGAAACGCCUUUCCCAGGGUGGGGAAGGGUCACAGACCCAGCCUCUACUUCUGCCUCUCAGGAAGAAGCAAUAAACAGUUUGGAGAUUCAGUCAUUGCCUGAGUAUCAGUAUAAAAAGGCCAACUUGCUCCUUGAUAAGACAAGAGAAUUUUCUUCAUCACAUGAUGUUUAUCCACACAUUCACAGAAGUGUGAAAAUUCAGAAGAAAAGUACAAACAAAAUUAAAGCCUCAAGUUUAUUUUGGGGGAAUCAUCCUCAAAGGAAACGCAGAGGAUUCUCAGAUAAAUGCUGUCUCAAAGGAUGUACAAAAGAAGAACUUGCCAUUGCGUGUUUUCCAUAUAUUGAUUUCUAACACUUAAUGAGAGAAGGACUAUCACUUGUCAAUGGGAUAUACCAAGCACCAUAAGAACUAUACGAAGUUAAUAAAAAGCUCACUGUAUAUUUCUAUUUAUCUUUGGUAA